CUGGCACUUGUGUCCCCAGCCAUGUCCGUGUCGAGCGCCUCAGACGCAGAGGGCAGCCCCUGGCCGCCGCCAGGGCCCCAGGUACCCAGGGGGGAAGAGGAAUCGGAGCCCGGGGAGGAGAAGGUCUGUGCCGUCUGCGGGGACCGUGCCAGCGGCUACCACUUCCACGUCAUGACCUGCGAGGGCUGCAAAGGCUUCUUCAGGCGUUCCAUCAUCAAGGGUGUCCACUUCGCCUGCCCCUUCUCCCGGAGCUGCCCUGUCACCAAGGCCAAGCGGCGGCAGUGCCAGGCCUGCCGCCUCCAGAAGUGCUUCGACGUGGGCAUGAGGAAGGACAUGAUCAUGUCGGAGGAGGCGCUGCAGCAGCGGCGGGCGCUGCGCUGGCGGCGGCGCUUGGCCCGGGAGCAGCCGGCGGGGCUAACGGCGGAGCAGGAGGAGCUCAUCGCCCUCCUCACCACCGCCCACCAGCGCAACUUCGACUCCAGCUUCUCCCAGUUCACUGACUACUGGCCUGCCGUGCGCCUCUGCCUCCUCAGCCCGCGGCCGCAGAGCCCCUCGGAGUCGGGGGGCCCCGCGGCGCGGCCGCAGCCGGACUGCCUGGACGAGGAUGUGCUGCCCGAUGUCUUCUCCAUGCUGCCGCACUUCGCAGACCUCAGCACCUUCAUGAUCCAGCAGGUCAUCAGCUUCGCCAAGGAGAUUCCAGCCUUCAGGAGCUUGCCCAUCAAUGAUCAGAUCUCGCUGCUGAAGGGAUCCGCGCUGGAUAUCUACCAAGUCCAGUUCAACACAGUCUUCAACGCCGAGACCAACGCCUGGGAGUGCGGCCAGCACUGCUACACCAUCGAGGACGGAGCCCUGGUCGGCUUCCAGCAGAUCUACCUGGAGCCGCUGCUCAAGUUCCACAUCAGCCUGAAGAAGCUGCAGCUCCACGAGGCGGAGUAUGCCCUGCUGCAGGCUGUGCUGCUCUUCUCGCGAGACGAUGCCAACCUCAUCCAGAGGGACUUCAUCGACCAGUACCAGGAGAAGGCUGCCCUGACGCUCAAGAGCUACAUUGACCACUGCCACCCCAAGCCCGAGGGCAGGUUCCUCUACGCCAAGCUGCUGCUGCUGCUGACGGAGCUGCAGACGCUGAAGGUGGAAUACACUCGGCAGAUCCUCCACAUCGAGGACCUCUCCAGCAUGACGCCGCUGCUCACCGAGAUCAUCAGCUAGCGCUGGCGCCCCGCCCCCCGCCCU